CUGACGGGCGCGAGAAUGGCCGCAGAAGAUGCCCAGUAACGGAAGCAGCGGCGGGAAGAGCCCUAGCACCGGGACCUGCUCCGGGAGCGUGUCGGUCCAUGUCCCGGCCAUGGAGCGCGCCCGGCCGGUGACGGUGACGGUGUCCGCGGUGAGCCUGGCGCUCAGCGUGCUGUCGCUGCUGCUGCUGGUCACCGCCAUCUCCACCGACCACUGGUACGAGACCGACACCCGCCGGCACAAGGACAACUGCGACCGCGCCGGAUCCGACUCCAACGACCAGAAGAACCGGGAGAUGCCCAUCUACCACCUGCCGCUGGUGGACACCGGCGGCGGCGGCGCGCGGCACCGGGACGUGGCGCUGAUGAAGCCGGUGCAUGUGGGCAGCAGAGAGGAGGAGCUGCUGGAGAACUGGCGGGCCAUCCUGGGGAUGGGCAUCCUGGAGACCGAGUGCGGCAGGCCGCUGUUCUCCGCGCACUCCGGCCUCUGGAGGAAGUGCUACUUUAAGGGCCUGGACCCGGACAUCGACAAGCUCAUCGACCGCG